CACCCCCAGAUUCUCUGGAAACGGCAAGGGAUGUAUAUAUACUCUGGCAACAGGCACCAGUGGGAAGGUGGAGUGUGGUAGUGGACCUGCCGGGGGGAGGGUUGACUUGAUUUCCCUGGUGUGGCCACGGAGACAGGGAGGCUGGGCUGUGCGAAGGGCCUAGUGUGCGAGGCGCAGAGCUGCCUGGUCUCUUCUCCUGCCUCUACCCCAUUCCCAGCUCAGCCCUGCACUCUGGCCUCCAGCCAGCAGCAGGCUCAGCAGGUCCCUAGGGGUGUGGUGGCGGCCGGUGGUGGAGUCAGCCUACAUCAGCCAGGCAGUCAGUGAAGCAGCACAGUCCACUGGGAAAAGCUGAGCUCCACGGCUGCCGGAGCCUGGAGAGGUGGCGUGGCCAUGAGCCCUCUGCUCUACUACGCCCUGCCCGCCCUGGGCAGCUAUGUCAUGCUGUCCUUCUUCUUCCUGCGCCGACCUCGCCUGCUGCACACACCUUGGGUUCCAGCCUUCCGUCCCCGCCUGGGGGCCCACCGCGGAGGGUCUGGAGAGCGCCUGGAGAACACCAUGGAGGCCAUGGAGAACUCCAUGGCCCAGCGAGCGGACCUCCUGGAGCUCGACUGCCACCUGACUCGGGACGGCGUGGUGGUGGUGUCACAUGACAAAAACCUGUUCCGCCAGACAGGUGUGAACAGGGACGUGGGCAGCCUAAACUUUGAGGACCUGCCCCUCUUAAAGGAAGAGCUAGAGGUCUAUUUCUCACCAGGCCACUUUGCACGCGGGGCCGACCGGCACAUGGUGCGUCUGGAGGACUUAUUCCGGAGGUUCCCGCAGACGCCCAUGAGUGUGGAAGUCAAAGAGCGAAAUGAAGAGCUCAUUCACAAGAUAGCAGGCCUGGUGAGGCACUAUGACCGCAACGAAAUCACCAUCUGGGCCUCGGAGAAGAGCUCCAUCAUGAAGAAAUGCAAGGCUGCUAACCCUGAGAUGCCCACCUCCUUCACACUGAGCCGAGGGUUCUGGGUGCUGCUGUUUUAUUACCUGGGGCUGCUGCCCUUCAUCUCCAUCCCUGAGAAGUUCCUCAUCUGCUUCCUGCCGACCAUCAUCAACAGGACCUACUUCCCGUUUUCCCGCUCAGGGCUGAAUCAACUGGCGGCCGUGGUUGCCAAAUGGCUCAUCAUGAGGAAGAGUCUGAUCCAACACCUGCAGCAGCGAGGGGUGCAGGUGGUAUUUUGGUGCCUUAAUGAAGAGUCAGACUUCGAAGCAGCCUUCAACCUGGGGGCCACUGGAGUCAUAACUGAUUACCCAACAGCCCUGAGGUGCUACCUGGACAGCCGUGGACCACCUGCCCUAGCCUCCUAACGUACAGGUUCCUCACCCUCUCCUCUGUUUCUCUUCCCCAAUAAAUAUAUUCUUCUCA